ACGGGCAAAAAACUGCCUGUGAGUCUCCACAUCCACCAUCCAUCCCGAAAGAACUCUUGUCCCAACAAUCACCUCCAUCUACUACUGUUUACAACGCAAUAUCACCACAACCACACCCUCGAAAUGCCACCACCACCACCAACAAACACCUUCACCCACCCCCCAACCCUAGACCCCUACACCCUCCCUCUCCCAACCUUCCUCACCACCACACACCACCCCCGCACCCACACCCACACCCUCACCCCAACCACGCACAUCGUCACCGGCGCCUUAAUCUUCAACCCUAAUCCUUCAACCACCAAAGCCCCCAACCACCCCCCCGAAGAACACCACAUCCUCCUCCUCCGUCGCGCCCCGACAGACUCCUACCCAGGCCGAUGGGAAGCCCCCGGCGGCUCCUGCGACGCCACCGACGCCUCCAUCCUCGCCGGCGCGGCCCGCGAGGUGUAUGAGGAGACCGGGCUGCGGGUGGUACGGUUUCUGGCGCUGGUCGGGGUGGAUGCGUGGGAGGUGGUGCGGGCGGGUGGGGUCAGGAAGGCGGUGGUCAAAUUUACGUUUUUGGUGGAGGUGGACCUCAGCUUGUCGGUGGGGGCCCAGGGGGUGCAGGGGAUGCAGGGGAUGCACGGCGAGGUUGAGGGGGAGGUCAAAUGUGGGGGCUUGGGGAUCAGGCUCGAGCCGGCCGAGCAUGAUGCGUUUGUGUGGGCGACGGAGGAGGCGGUGCGGGCGGGGGUGGUUUGUUUGCGAGGGCAGCGGGUGGGGAUGGAGUUUGUGGGGAGGCAGCGGGAGAAUUAUCUGCGGGGGUUUGAGGUUGUGCGGUCUUUAGGGGGUUGAGAGUGGCUGGGGUUUGGGAUGUUGAGGGUAGGGGGGUGUUGAUGUAUGGUAGUUGGAAUUGUGAGGGGUGCUUGUUGGUGUGGUUGGUGCUGGAUGUCUGUAUGGAAAUACUAUCGACAAGAUAAUCUGUAAUGGAAUUCACGGCUGACUAGGGAAUGUACAUUGAUUCUUUAUUUAUACACUCAUUUAAUGAAACCUCGAAAUCU